CAAGUCCAUGAGGUCCAGUCUUACAUGGGGCGCCUGGAGACUUCAGACAGAGAGUCUGUGCACUUAGUAGAAAAUGAGAUCCAGGCAAGAAUAGACAACAUCUUCAGCAGCCUGGAGCGCCUGGAGAUCCUGUCCAGCAAAGAACCACCCAACAAGAGGCAGAAUGCCAAACUGCGAGUGGACCAGCUGAAGUAUGAUGUGCAGCACCUGCAGACAGCCCUGAGGAACUUCCAGCACCGCCGCUACGUGCGGGAGCAGCAGGAGCGGCAGCGGGAGGAGCUGCUGGCACGGACCUUCACUGCCAACGACCCCGACACCACCAUCCCCAUCGACGAAACUCUGCAGCUUAACGAGUCCCUCCAGAGUGCCCACCGUGGCAUGGACGAUCUCCUUGGCAGUGGGACCAACAUCCUGCAGGGGCUGAGGGACCAGAGAGUCACCUUAAAGGGCACUCACAAGAAGAUCCUGGAUGUUGCCAACAUGCUGGGCUUGUCCAACACGGUGAUGCGGCUGAUCGAGAAGCGAGCCUUCCAGGACAAAUACUUCAUGGUCGGGGGGAUGGUUCUGACCUGCCUGGUCAUGUUUCUUGUCGUGCAGUAUCUGACAUGA